AUAAAGCAGAUAGACCCAGUGUGAUGCGCAUAUAUUAUUUUACAGAGGGGAGAUUGUGUUUGAGUACGGUGCUACCCGACAUUUUUAUUCAAUCAUUUUGAAAUUGGACUGGCUUUGUUUCCAAGUGCAGCUCUCGGUUUAUCGACUCUAUUUUUAAAUCCUGAAUUUAUUCAAAUUAAAAUUAUCACCAAUAAUUUAUAUCAAAUUCUUAAGAAAAUGUCAUCAGCCAAAGCACCAAUGACUCGAAUGCAAGGCCGAAAAAUGGCCAGUAAUCGGUCACAAUCGGAUGAGAUACCGAUGAAAUUUGCUAUGAUUAAUGUUGCUGUCAGCUUGUUGAUUUUUGUGGUCAUGACAUUUACAUUUCUCAAAUUUCACAAAUCGAUUGUCCAUCCGCCAAGAAUGAUCUCAAUAACCGAUCGUCUGGUGUAUACGUUACAAAUGCAACCAUUCACCAUGAUUCCAAUGUAUUUAUGCGUACUGAAUGUUAUCAUGAACCGAAUUCAAACUGGUGCCAUCAAUCCAUUGAGUGGUCAUGAUGGUUAUAUAGAAAAAUCGGUUCGAAUAUUGACCAAUACAUUCGAACAGACAUUUAUGAAUGUCAUUUGUCAACUGUCAUUGGCAGUUUAUAUCCAUUCGGAAUACAUGUAUUUCAUUCCCUAUAUUGUCUUUUGUUUCGUUGCUGGUCGAAUCCUGUUUCUUAUUGGUUACACUAUCCAUCCGAAAUAUCGCACAUUUGGUUUCUUGUUGUCGCAUGGCAUCACAACAUUGGCAUUCUUUCUCACACUUGGUUAUGCAACUGGUUUCACCCGAAUGUUCCAUUCGUCAACCAGUCCAGGAAAAACUGAACUUUAAAUUUUAAUAUCUAAACAAUAGCCAUUCAUUAUAAGUACAAAGGCUAUCAUCCAUAUUUUAUUUAAUAUUUGAAAAAAAAUAAUCAUUCAUAAACAAUAUUCAAUAGCUUUGAACAUA